AUGAACAGACAAGUCUGCAAGAAAUCCUUCAGCAGCGGGAGCCAGGGCUUCUCCGGCCGCUCUGCCGUGGUCUCCGGCGGCAGCAGGAUGAGCUGUGUGGCCCGCUCGGGGGGAGCCGGCGGAGGGGCCUGUGGGUUCCAGAGUGGGGCAGGGGGCCUUGGCAGUCGCAGCCUCUACAACCUGGGUGGUAACAGGAGCAUCUCCAUCAGCGUGGCUGGUGGUUCUUGGACUGGUGGCUUUGGGGGAGGGCGUAGCAGCUGUGGCAGUGGCUUUGGUGGUGGCAGGGGAAUGGGAGGUGGCUUUGGUGGAGCUGGUGGCUUUGGAGGAGCUGGUGGUUUUGGUGGAAUUGGUGGCUUUGGUGGAGCUGGUGGCUUUGGAGGAGCCGGUGGCUUUGGAGGAGCUGGUGGUUUUGGUGGAAUUGGUGGCUUUGGUGGGCCUGGUGGCUUUGGCCCUGGUGGCUUCCCUGGGGGAAUCCAGGAAGUGACUGUCAACCAGAGCCUCCUACAGCCCCUCAAUGUGGAGAUCGACCCUCAGAUUGGGCAAGUCAAGACCCAGGAGCGGGAGCAGAUCAAGACCCUCAACAACAAAUUUGCCUUCUUUAUCGACAAGGUACGGUUCUUAGAGCAACAGAACAAGGUUCUGGAGACCAAGUGGAACCUGCUCCAACAACAGGGCACCGAUUCCAUCACAGGCACCAACAACCUUGAGCCCCUUUUUGAGAAUUAUAUUAGCUCCCAGCAAAGCUACCUGGACAACACCCUGGGAGAGAGAGGCCACCUGGACUCGGAGCUGAGGAACACGCAGGGCCUGGUAGAGGACUUCAGGAAGAAAUAUGAGGAUGAAAUCAAUAAGCGUACAGCUGCUGAAAAUGAAUGUGUGACCCUGAAGAAGGAUGUGGAUGCUGCCUCCAUGAACAAAGUGGAGCUUCAGGCCAAAGUGGAUGCCUUGGUGGACGAGAUCAACUUCCUGACGACGCUCUAUGAAAUGGAGCUGUCCCAGAUGCAGAGCCACGUCAGUGACACGUCUGUGGUCCUGUCCAUGGACAACAACCGCUGCCUGGACCUGGACAGCAUCAUCGCCGAGGUCAAGGCCCAGUAUGAGCAGAUUGCUCAGAGGAGCAAGGCUGAGGCUGAGGCCCUGUACCAGACCAAGCUUGGAGAGCUGCAGACCACUGCUGGCAGGCGCGGGGACGACCUGAAGAGCACCAAGAGCGAGAUCAUGGAGCUCAACAGGAUGACCCAGAGGCUGUGGGCCGAGAUUGAGAACGUCAAGAAGCAGAAUACUCAUCUUCAGGCAGCAAUCACAGAUGCUGAGCAGCGUGGGAACAUGGCUCUCAAGGAUGCCAAUGCCAAGCUCCAAGAGCUGCAGGGUGCUCUACAGCAGGCCAAGGAGGACAUGGCCCGGCUGCUGCGCGACUACCAGGAGCUGAUGAACGUCAAGCUGGCCUUGAACGUGGAGAUCGCCACCUACCGCAAGCUGCUGGAGGGCGAGGAGUGCAGGAUGUCUGGAGAAUGCCAGAAUGCUGUCAGCCUCUCCGUGGUCAGCAGCAGCAACACGGCCUCGACCUCCGCAGGCGGUUACGGAGGCAGCGGUUUUGGUGGUGGCUUCGGCGUGGGAGUGGGAGCAGGCCAUGGAUUCGGCGGAGGCAGUGGCUCCGGGGGUCGCUGUGGAGUCAGUGGCGGAGGUUUCAGCUCAGGCAGCAACUCGGGAGGCAGCUUCAAGUACUCGCAGUCCUCCCAGCGCUGCUCCAGAUAA